CAACAGCAGCAACAGUUUGUCAGAAACCUCGGUAGCUUGCUAGACCAAAUAGCCGAACCAAUAAAGCUCUUUAGACGCUUUAGUGUUUAUUAGCCACUGUCUUUUAAAACCACUUCUGUCGUCUAGUUAGUUAUCCGAUUUAAUUUCAUAUUUAGAGUGUUGUUAUUAGUCAGCUAGCGGGCUGGUUAAGUUAGCAUUAGCCUAGCUAGCUAACAUCUCCGACCAUGCGGUCACUAAGCUACUCUCCUUCUAAUGAAGAGAAGGAUAUCACAGUAAAACAAGAAGUAGAGAGUGGGGCCGUUACUGUGAAAGAAGAAGAGGACGCGUUCAGAGUGAAAGACGAGGAAGAUAUCACAGUAAAACAAGAAGUAGAGAGUGAGGCUGUUACUUUGAAAGAAGAGGAAGACACUCCUGCUGCUAAGGAAGAGGUGGAUAUCACAGUAAAACAAGAAGUAGAGGGUGGGGCCGUUACUUUGAAAGAAGAAGAGAAAGACACGUUCAGAGUGAACGAGGAGGAGGAUGUUACUGUAAAAGAGGAGGAGGAUGUUGUUACUUUAAAAUUGGAGGAGGAUGUUACUGUAAAAGAAGAGGAGGAUGUUACUGUAAAAGAAGUGGGGGAUGUUACUGUAAAAGAAGAGGAGGAUGUUACUGUAAAAGAAGUGGGGGAUGUUACUGUAAAAGAAGAGGAGGAUGUUACUGUAAAAGAAGAGGAGGAUGUUACUAUAAAAGAAGAGGAGGAUGUUACUAUAAAAGAAGAGGGGGGUGUUACUGUAAAAGGAGAGGAUGAUUCCGUUUUUGGAGUGAAAGAGGAGUGGGAAAUGACUGUUACAUCAAAAGAAGAGGAGGAACCUGGAUAUCUGGGCCCGGUUUCCCAAACGCAUCUUAAGGCAUCCAAUGGUUCUAACGAUGAACCGGCCCUGAUUAACACUAGAGAGAGACGGGACUACCGUGGAUCCUCUGGGGAGCCUCAACAACCUCAUGAUGCUGACAAGGCAGAGAAGAGUCUCUCCAGAUCAGAACCCCCCAAUAAACACCUGCAGAGAUCCACAGGGAAGAUAACUCACUGCUGCUCUGACUGUGGGAAGAGAUUCACCUCAUCCGGCAUUACAAUUCAUCAGCGAACACACAGAGGGGAGAAAUCUUAUAGCUGUGAUCAAUGUGGGAAGAGUUUUACUACAUCUGGCUCUCUGACUUUACACCAGAGAACACACACAGGAGAGAAACCUUAUAGCUGUACUCAAUGUGGGAAGAGUUUUACUCAGCUCGGCAGCCUAAUAACACACCAGAGAAUACACACAGGAGAGAAACCUUAUAGCUGUACUCAAUGUCGGAAGAGUUUUACUAAUCCAUCCGGCCUAAUAUCACACCAGAGAACACACACAGGAGAGAAACCUUAUAGCUGUACUCAAUGUGGGAAGAGGUUUACUCAACAAUGCAACCUGAUAUCACACCAGAGAACACACACAGGAGAGAAAUCCUAUAGCUGUGAUGAAUGUGGGAAGAGUUUUGCCCAAUCUGGAGCGCUGACAGUGCACCAGAGAAUACACACAGGAGAGAAACCUUUUAGCUGUGGUCAAUGUGGGAAGAGUUUUGGUCAAUCUGGAGAUCUGAGAGUGCACCAGAGAACACACACAGGAGAGAGACCUUAUAGCUGUGAUCAAUGUGGGAAGAGUUUUGCCCAAUCUGGAGCGCUGACAGUGCACCAGAGAAUACACACAGGGGAGAGACCUUAUAGCUGUAGUCAAUGUGGGAACAGUUUUGCUGCAUCAAGAACUCUGACUCAACACCAGAGAAUACACACAAGAGAGAAAUCUUUUGUCUGUGAAUAAUGUGGGAAGAGUUGUGGUCAAUCUGGCCAUCUGGUAUCACACCAGAGAGCACACACAGGAGAUAAACCUUAUAGCUGUGAUCAGUGUGCCAAGAGAUACUUUAAUAAAAGAUCUCUGAUCAAACAUCAGAAAAUACAUACAUUAAUUAGUUAUUUCAUGAUAUCAAUGAAAAGAUGUCACAAUGUAGAAUGUUUUAACAUUGUAGUAGGAGUAUUUUAAUGACGUCACAAUGUAGAACCCUAAACGUUUGUCCCCUGUUCUAUUGAUUUCAACAUGAUAUGGAUAUUAGACUCAGGGGGAAAAUCCAGGCUCUGAAAUGGAAGAGUAUUAUUUAACAAACAGUGAUUAACAAAAAAUGUGUUUUGUUCCACUUACCACGUUCGUGAUCCACUUGAAUCAAAAUGCAACACUUUAAAAUGUAUCAAGCUGUUUUCUGCAAGUUGUCCUCUAACCAGGGAUGUACACAUUACUCCCAAAUUCAGUGUGGUUUUUGAGCUGUUAGCUUUAACAUGACGUGCAACCUCAUCUCUCUUCUCGCACAAAUGAUUUUAGCAUGAUAUUGAUGAGUUAUAACAAAUAAGUGUUGUGUUCCUUUGUUUAGUGACUCCUAAAUUUAAAUGCAUCCCUCCAAAAUGUAGCUGACUGUCUUCUGCAGGUUGUCCUCUAACCAGUGAGGUAAAAGAUAUCUCCCAUUUCCAUGUGUUUUUUUAGUUGUGUUAGUUUCAACAUCACGUACAACCUAAUUUCCCCUCUAAUCGAUAUCAGUGAUUUAUUGCGUCUUGUCAAAACAACAGCGUUUUUGGUGCUUGUGCAGUUUAUAAGGAGCUUGUUUUAAAAAUACAAGAAAUAUGAUUAUUGUGGCAGAUGUUUGUCUAUAUAGCACAUUUUAUGUUUAGGUUUUCAAUUUAUCCCUAACUGUUUCUGCAUAUUGGUUAUUGAUUUGGAGACAUUAAAACUGUGUUUUGACAUUGGGGAUAUCACA